UUGAUCCUGAGGGUGUGUUGCUAUGUUGUGCUUUCAGCCAGUCCCUCCCCUUUGAGACACAGACACAGACACACACACACACACACACACCCCUCUGUGGUACUUCCCUACUCCAGCUAGCUGACUUAUUAUGGACUGACUUGAACUCAUUGUGAGUCAGUCAGUUCUGGUCUUCAGUCAGACAACAAACAGAAGCUUCUCUGCUGACCAGGCGAUUUUCCUGCUAAUAUUUGAGAUGGAAACUACAUCAAAUAAUUAUGACUAUGGUGAUUACAAUGAGACUUCACCAGUUACACCGAUGCCACUAUGUUCUCCUGACAAUGUCAACAAUCUGGGAGCUCAUCUAUCCACCCUUUACUACUUUAUGUUUCUCUUCAGUCUUUUUGGCAAUGGGCUGGUCCUGGUCAUCAUCCAUCGGUUUGAGAAGCUGACCACUGUGACCAACAUCUUGCUGCUGAACCUGGUGUUUUCCUCUCUAAUCUUCAUGAGCAGCCUUCCCUUUAUGGCAGUCUACAUGCAGCUCUCCAACUGGAUCUUUGGCAAGGUUAUGUGCAAGAUUGUGGGCAGCGUCUACUAUCUGGGCUUCUACAGUUCUGUCCUCUUUCUAACCCUUCUGACCUUCGACCGAUACCUUGCUGUUGUGCACUCCUUGGGCACACUGCAAGUGAGAAACGGAAGCUAUGCUCUAAUGUCCUGUGCUGUGGUAUGGCUGAUAAGCAGCCUGGCGUGCAUCAAGCCAAUGAUUCUCCACAACACUUUUAUUCAUUUCAUCAACAACAAAACAUACUGUCAGGAGUAUCCAGGUAAUUUAUCCUAUGUUAAUGUGGAGCAGCUGAGAACAUCUGGAUUUUAUCUCCAGCUUUUCCUUUUCUUGAUCUUCCCUCUGGUUGUUAUUAUCUACUGUUACACUAGGAUUGCAAUCACUGUGCUAUCAUCCAGGAUAGUCACCAAGUUCAAGACAGUCAGGCUGAUAUUCAUCAUUGUCCUGUUGUUUUUCAUAUGCUGGACCCCAUUCAACAUUGUAACACUGUUACGUGAUGUAGGUGGUUCCUGUGAUCAUUUGCAGAAAAUAGGCUAUGCACUCCAUGUCACUCGUAACAUUGCCUACAUUUACUUUUGCUUCAGUCCUUUCUUAUUUACAUUUGUGGGGAAAAAGUUCCAAAGCUACUUCAGACAGAUGCUGGUGAAACGCUUCCCAGGGUUAAAGGGGCAUAUUUCUGUCAGUCAAAACAGCAGACCCCAUGUGUCCACAAAAAGUACGCCAAAUGAGCUUUAGGACUGGGAAACCCUUUAUUUCUGAGUGCGGCCAUGUGUUUACAAACCGGCCGUGGUUUUACAAACAACGGAAAGAAGGGAUAACUGACUUAUCACUUCCUUCAGGACUGUCAGGGUGCAGAGAAAUUAAGUCUGAGUAGGGAAACAGUUUUGCCCACAGCAGGAUAAAAGCUAAGAUAACUGAUAUAUGUGCACAACUCAACUGAGAGACUACUAGAGACUAGUGCUGCAAACUGUACAAACUUGUAUAAUCAGCUUGACUUGGCUGCCCCUGACACCAGCUCUUAUACAUAAUCACUGCCUUCAGCACUUCCUUACAUGCUAAAUGCAGCCUGUAUGUCGAAGAAUACCAAAGAGAAUGCUACAGUAGACUCAACGCUUGUUAGCCCUUUAGCCUGUGGAUAGUGUUCCUGUAGUCUACUGAGUUAGUCCUCACUUCUGCAGUUUAUUUAGCCUUUUACUGUCAUGAUACAACAUACACGAGUUUUGCUUAUUUUCUGUAAACACAAAACAUAUGUAGCAUUAACACAAUUACUGAAAGUUAAGUAAGAACAAUUCUUGAUUUCAUAAGUUGUCACUUUUAUGUAGCCUACAGCUCAAUAUUUUAGGACUACACUCCCUGGCACUUGCCCACAAAUAGAGUGAGAGCCAAUCUAACAAACUCACAUUUCCUCACAAACAGGUGACAUUCACCAGACUGUGACACGUGAUUACAUUUUUCACACAUCAUAUUUCAGUUAUCUGGAUCACCUUUAUGUGCCAGAAUUUAAAAGUUGGACCGCUGGACACCAUUAGGAAGGGAAGAUCCAUAGUCUCUAUACAUUUUAAUGACUCUGAAUGAAAUAUAAAAAGUGGUUUACACUGUAUUUUUACAACGCAAUGAAUCAAAUAUGCACUCGCUGUCACCUGUUUUGAUUAAUUAGAUUUUUUUGAUUUGAUUGUUUUGAUCUUAUGUUGUUUCUUAUGUUACUGCAUGAGAAUAAUGUAAUGAUUCAUUGUCUGUAUAGUUUUGGACAGUCACAUUUUACAUGGAAAGAAAACAGUGAGUUGUGAGGGAAAGGUUGCAACAUCAAAUGUAAUUAAAGCUUUAUGAACUUA